AACUCAUAUGAAAGAAUGAGUGAGGGAUUACCCAGCCUGGGCACACUGACCUCAGAUGGGCACCCUUACAGAGACUGCAGAUGUGAAGGAAGAUGCAGCCUGGUCAAACACUCCCUGAAGUAUUUUGUAACUGCAACUUCUGGAGUCCCAAACUUGCCGGACUUUGUGGCAGCUGCAGUUCUUGAUGAUGUUCUGUUGUUUUCCUGCGAUGCUGACCAAAAGAUACUGGACAUAAAACAGGACUGGAUGAAAGAAAUAUUCAAAAACAAUACUCAGCAAUCUGAGUUUUACAACCAACAGUGUUCAGAAAUUCUGCUCAACUCCUUUAAAGUCAAGAUUUAUAAUUUGACGCAGCAAUUCAACCAAAGUGGAGGUGUCCAUGUUUUACAGAGAUUGAGUGGCUGUGAGUGGGAUGAUGAGACUGGAGAGAUGAAUGAUUUUAUAAAGUACGGUUAUGAUGGAGAAGACUUCAUAUCAUUUGACCUGAAGACGUUGACGUGGGUCGCUCUAACACCACAGGCUGUCAACACCAAACUGAGCUGGGAUGCUGACAAAGCAAGAUUAAAAACCAUUGAGAUAUACCUCACAAAGCUGUUCCCUCAGUGGCUGAAGAUGUAUGUGGCUUAUGGCAACAGCUCUCUGCUGAGAACAGAUCUUCCCUCAGUGUCUCUCCUCCAGAAGACUCCCUCCUCUCCAGUCAGCUGCCACGCUACAGGUUUCUACCCUGAGAGAGCCACACUCAGCUGGAGGAAAGAUGGAGAGGAGCUUCAUGAGGACGUGGAGCUCGGAGAGAUCCUCCCCAACCACGAUGGAACCUUCCAGAUGAGUGCUGAGCUGAAGCUUUCAUCAGUCACACCUGAAGACUGGAGCAGGUACACCUGUGUGUUUCAGUUCUCAGGUGUGAAGGAGAAGAUCGUCACCAAACUGGACAAAGCAGACAUCAGGACCAACUGGGCUGAGGAGUCCAGUCACAUGAUCGUCUUCAUCUUUGCUGCUGUGUUUGUUCCUGCUGCCAUCGCUGCAGCUGGAUUGAUCGUUUACUGGAGGAGGAGCAGGAGAGGAAUAUGAAGAUGUCAGGACUUUGAGUUUAGUCUUUGAGUUGAUGCUUUCAUCCAUGUUGUACAACACUGAAAAUACUCCAAACAAGUAAAAGUACUGCACACAAAACCUUAAGCUAUUUAAACACUGCCAGUAAAAAGUAUUUAAAUUGAGAAACCUAAGAAGUUCUCUUCAUGCAAUAAAAUGUUCAGUCGUGUUUUAUUUCUGAUGUUUUUGGAUUAAUGUUACUGCUGCAUUUACGUGUGUGUUGCACUUUAGUGGUGUGGAUGUUUAAGAUUAUUUAAGUUUAUUUUUUCCAACCUGCUGGCUGAUUUAAUCAUCAUGUUUUUGUAGUGUGGCUGGUUGAACUACUUACUUACUGCUCAAAAAUGUAUCUAACAUUAUUAACAGAAUGUGAAGAAACAGUGUUGAUGUUAUGUCCACUUUACUGUUCAUUGAUCAACACAAAAUCAAAUCAAAUCAAUUCUUUUUGUUUUAUUGAUUUUUGUGCUGAUGUUUUGCUUUUCAAUAAAGUCCUCAAAUUUCAA